AUGGAACUUGGCCCAUAUCUUACUUUCGAUGAGAUAGACUAUGAAUGUACUCUCUGUGAGAGGGUUUUUGCUUCCAAAGGCUUCCUCUACGCACACUGCAGGAACACAUCCCGAGACGAGUGGUGUGAGAGGUGCUAUGCGCAUCUCAAAGCGUCUGGCAGACAUAACUCCGCUGAGAAACUUCGAGAGCAUGACGUUGACAACAUCACUUGUGCGUCAAGUCAUCAACAGAAACAUCAACCGCGAACCAUGGAAUGCUGCGGCUGCUACAAGACCUUCAAAUCUUUCUCCGGAGUCCUGAUCCAUCUCGAGUCUGGGGGCUGCUCAUCGAACAUUACCGAGGAUGAAAUUGGGAACUUCGCCCGCGAAUGUUAUCAAAGUAGGAAGUAUAUCGAUGAUGAGCUCGAGGAGCAGCGACUAAAAUUGGUGGCGAGAUUUCCUUGGAUGGAUUGA